UUCAUUCCAUAAAGUCAAAAUCGCCGUUAUGGACUUCGCUGGCUCCCAAUAUUUUCAUCCUGAAAACCGAACUCCCCAAUCCCCCACUUCCACUUCCAUUUCCACUUCCAAUCAUGGGGAAUGGCAGCUCCAACCACUCCUCAUCCUCCUCCUCCUCCGAUCCCGAUGCCGACGACUCCCGUCUCGCUCGCUUCAAGAAUCGUCUGCACCGCCGUCGCUUUCUCCGCCGACGCCGUCGUGCCUCCAAUGCCCGGGGUUCUGGUUCCCAUACCAAACUCGGCUCCGAGGACGAUUUCGCUGGAAUCGCUGUUCUUACUCUUAUUCGUGCGCGGAUGAAGUUCAAGGACAAGUGGCUCGCUUGUGUCUCUUUUGGAGAGCAGACUUUUCGUACUGGAAUCUCUGACCACACUAAAGAACCAGCUUGGAACUCUGAAAAGAAACUUCUCUUGGAGAAAGGUGGACCCCAUAUGGCGAGAAUCUCUGUUUUUGAGACUAAUAGAAUAUCUCGCAACAACCUUGUAGGGUAUUGUGAGAUAGAUCUACUUGAAUUUCUAUCACAAAAUUCAGAGACUGAUACUGAGGAACUUGAAUUGUUGGAUCCUUCACCACCUAAUGCAGUGGUGGGCAACAUUUCUGUGUCAUGUUCUAUCGAGGACCCGAUUGAAACAGAGAAACAAUUUGCAAAGCGCAUCUUAUCUAUUGUGGAUUAUAAUCAGGAUGGAGAGCUCUCAUUCUCUGAAUUUUCUGACUUAAUUGGUGCUUUUGGAAAUCAAGUGGCAGCUUCUAAGAAAGAGGAGCUUUUUAAAGAAGCUGACAAGAAUGGGGAUGGUGUUGUUGCGCUUGAUGAAUUGGCUGCUCUUCUUGCUGUUCAACAAGAGAAGGAACCAUUGAUGAAUUGCUGUCCUGUUUGUGGUGAAACUCUCGAUGUUUCUGAUAAACUAAACAGUAUGAUUCACUUAACACUAUGUUUUGAUGAAGGAACUGGAAACCAAGUUAUGACCGGAGGAUUCUUGACUGACAAACAGGCUGCAUAUGGGUGGAUGUUUAAAUUAAGCGAAUGGGCUCAUUUUGCAUCUUAUGACGUUGGUCUAAACUCUGGUUCAAGUGCAUCUCAUAUUGUAGUUUACGAUCGGCAGAAAAAAAGGCUUGUGGAAGAGAUAAUUGAUGGAAAGAUUGUUUUGUCAAUGAGAGCCAUCUAUCAGUCAAAAGUGGGUCUCACCCUUAUGGAUAAAGGGGUUAAAGAGCUCUUACAUAGCAUAUCUGAAAAGCAAGGGAAGCGGAUGGAUUCAGUCGAAUCUGCAAAAGAUAUUCCACAUUUCAUUGAAUCUUUCAAGGAUCAACUCAAUUUGAGUGAGGUGAAGCAUCCUUUGGAACAUUUCAAGACAUUUAACGAAUUCUUUAUACGAGAGUUGAAGUCUGGUGUGAGACCAGUUGCACACGUGGAAUGUGACGAUAUUGCAGUGUGUGCUGCUGAUUGCCGACUAAUGGCAUUUAAAUCAAUUGAUGACAGCCUAAGGUUGUGGAUAAAGGGGCGGAAGUUUUCGGUUCAAGGUCUUCUAGGGAAAGAUAUACAUGCGAGUGCUUUUACUGAUGGGGCGUUGGUGAUAUUUCGUUUGGCACCACAGGAUUACCAUCGCUUCCAUUUUCCAGUUUCUGGAUUCAUUGAACAAAUUGUAGACAUACCUGGAUGCUUAUAUACUGUUAAUCCAAUUGCUGUCAAUAGCAAGUAUUGCAAUGUCUUCACAGAGAACAAGCGAUCAGUAGCAAUAAUUUCAUCUGCUGAUUUCGGCAAGGUUGCUUUUGUUGCAAUUGGAGCUACAAUGGUUGGUAGCAUAACCUUCUCAAAAGGGAAGGGAGAUUAUGUAAAGAAAGGAGACGAGUUUGGGUAUUUUUCUUUCGGUGGAAGUACUGUAAUUUGUGUCUUUGAAAAGGACUCGAUCCAGAUAGAUGAGGACCUGUUAGCAAAUAGUUCCAGAUCACUUGAAACCUUGGUUCGUGUCGGGAUGAAGCUUGGUCUUUCUACCAGAACAGUUUCUCAAGCUGAUUUUCCAGACGUAAGAAGUUGUGCCUUAGAUGAUCGAAAAUGAGCUCACUUGUGUAUGUCAUUUUUUACCCUGUUCAUAGUUAUCUCGAGUUUUUCUUUUCAUCUGUAGAUACCAUCUAUUUUACUCUGGUACUACCCCAUUCCCACGUAAAAAUAAGAACAGGAGAUCUGGUAGAUUUUGUGGAUACUAAUAAAAUUUGCAUGUAUGUAUCACAGCAGUGUUGUACGCUGCCUGCAAUGAUUUCUAUCUCAGUUUUUAGGUCUUGGAAACAAGAGAGAAGAAAUGAACGUUCUCUCUCUUUCUGUAAAUUUACCAGGAACUCAAAAUCUGUUAUGUAGGUAUGGAAGGGUGAGUUUGACAUGAUUUUUGAA